AUGAAAAUUUCUAGCCAUGAUAACUUAUCAUUACGUAUCUGUCAUGCCUGCAUAAGUUACCUUAACUCUUGGCAGUCCUUUAAGAAUCGCUGUCUAGCCGCACAAGUCAAACAGCGUACAUGGCUAGAGGAAAAACAUUCAAACAAAUCUGCGGAACAGCAUCAUCAUCAACAAACAGCAGAUAAUCAUUAUGAUGAUCAACAGCAGCAACACCACCACCAGCAGCAAGAAGAACAACAACAACAGUCAUUGGCUUCUUCCAUAUUGGAGGGAAUAUCAACGCUAAAAAAACGCAAAUCUUUAACAGUCUAUGUGAGUCCUAAAACGCAACAAACUAAACAGCAACAAGAAAAAUUAUUACAAAAACAGCAACUAAAUAUUCUUAUGCCGUUAACAAAACGUCACUAUACCAAACAUAAAUACAAUACGUCUCAGCGACAAACGCAAAGUCAAACAACGCAUACAGCAUCAAAUACGACGUCGUCCACAACACCGCAACAUGUACAAGCGUCCGCAACAUCAUCGUCGACAUCCUCUAGUAAAACUAAACAUAAAGCGGACAAAAAACAAUUGUCUGCUAGUGCUACUAGUUCUCCCAUACAACAAUCAUUCGUUAUGCCAGCAGUACCACCACCACCUCUUACUCCUAGUGUAACUGCUACAAUAACCACUUGUACCAUAACGGCACCGUCAACAGUGACAACUACUGCAACGGCUAUCACAACAACAAACAGCUCAACACUAACUACUGCAAUGGUGGCUAGUAGUAGCAGCAGUAGUAGUGCUACUGUUACCACUACUGCCACUGCUAAGGUUGCUGUUAGUUCGGUGGCUGGUGCUGGUUCUAGCGAUGAAUGUUUGUUGGAAGGAUCUGCGGCAUCCUCCUCGUCAGCAGCUUGUACAAGUGCUGUUCAACAAUUGCGUUUGUUUAGACGAUACUCCUAUAAUCCGUUACCUGCAGUACAAAUAAAAGACGAACCACUUGAGGCGGAUGAUGAUUAUAAUGGAGCUAAACAACAGCAGCAACAUGAUGAAUCAGAUGAAAUGGUAGUAGAUCCAACUAUGUUUUUAGAACGAACCGCUGAUGAGGGAGAUUUUAUGGAAUCCACUUCCAACUAUGACUAUGAUGUGAUAAGACCACCAGCCGAUUUAAAGCCUUUACCAGCUAGUACUACCAUACGUAUGAGUACUAAAGAUGCUGCUUGUCGUGCUUGUAAUUUGAAAUUUUCAACACGAGCCAAUGCCAGACGUCAUGAAAAAAAUCUACAUCCCAAUCUCUUUGAGACGCUAGAGGAAAAUGAUCAAUCUAUAAAUAAACAAACCGCCGCUUUAAAUGCCUCCUUAGAACUGCAACGUGCUGUAGCUGCCGCUGUGGCUGCCGAUGCUUGUAAGUUAUCCAGUGGCGCCGUGAUAACACCACAAAAAUAUCGACAAGAAGUUGUUAAUGCUUUUAAUAACAGUGAAUUUGGUUUUGAUUAUGAUAAUCCCGAAAAGUAUCGUGAACUUUUGACCGAUGAGAAAAUUGUUUUCCUACAACAAAACGAUGAAUUCCUAAGACAAUAUCAAAAUAUGACUUGUCGUUGUUGUAAUAAAUACUAUUCAACCUAUAAGAAUUUCAUGGCUCAUAUGCGUAAAAAGUACCUAACAUUACCCAGAAAUUGUUGUUUCAAUUGUCUGAAAUUGAAUGAUUCCAAAGCAUUGUUUAUAUCUCAUUUGAAAAAGCGCAACUGUAUAAAUCUACACAAAGUACUGCAUAAUCUAAUGGCUAGAAAUGCUAAUUUUGCAGCAGCUGUUACCGCAACAGUAGCAGCCGCUCCCGAAAAGGUACGCGCCAAAGAAUUAUUGGUCAAUAAAAUGUACGAGUGUAAACUUUGUCCUAAAACUUUCCGUUUAAAAUUGGAAUUUCGUUCACAUGUCUAUGAUGAACAUGCUGAUGUUCAGCGUAAAGAUGUUAGCAGUACUCAGUGUUGUUAUUGUGCCGUUGAUAUUGAAGAUCCUGCAGAUCGUAAACGUCACUACAAUAAUAUGGAUUGUAUUGUUACUUUACGUUGUGUUACUUGCGAUACAAAACAUGAAACUCAACAAAAGUUUAUGGAACAUGUACAAGAAAAGCAUUUGGCCAAUUUUGGUGAACAGACAAAAUUCUUAUUAAGUGCUGAUAAUUCGCCGAGUAAAAUGAUGGGAGGAGCAUCCUCAGCCGAUGACUCACGCAGUGGUCACUUUAAUGUUUCGCUCAUUAAUACCACACCCAAAACACAAUAUUUCUCACGUAUGCCUCAGGCUUGUCCGAUAUGUGGUCAACAAUAUAACAACUACAACAAUGUCUUACGUCACAUGGAGUCUAAACAUCCCGAUCAAUUGCCACAAACCUAUAAAUGUGUAAAAUGUGGACAAGGUUAUCCUCGGCUAUCGAAUUUAAGAGAACACAUGGUUAGUGCUCAUGGAGCGGAUAAAGCACGACAUACUGGUUUCGAAUACAUAGUAAAUGCUGAUGCUGUUAAGGCAGCUGCCGGAUCUUCAGCAACCGCACCACAAAAUCCCUAUACAGGACGUUAUGAUUAUGUGAUGAAGGAUUUAAUGUCUAUAACAAAUGGUGGGACAGUUGUGGAUGAAGAUUGUGAAAGUGAAAAUGCUUCGAAGAAAAUGCGUUUGGAACCUAAUAUAGCGCUUAAUAAUAAUAAUGGAUCGGUAACUAAUGCUAGUCCUCGAGAAUGUUCGAUUUGUAAUGCUGUCUUUGCUAAUAAUAUUGGUCUAUCCAAUCAUAUGCGCUCUCACCAAAGUGCCCAAAAUAAUAAUUUUGGAAUUUCAUCUAGCAAAUCUGCGGCAGGAGGUAAUGCUGCUGUACAGUCCGCAGUGGGUGGACAGCAACAGAUAUUAAGAAAAUCUUUAGAACAGGCAGCCGAUAGACGUUUUAGACGUAUGCGUUGCCGCAUUUGUCAACGACGUUUCUCCUCCAAGAAAUCCUAUCGUUAUCACAUGCUCAAUGAUCAUCAAAUACGCAAUGUACAAUUUAUCAAAUGUAAACUCUGUGAUGCUGAAUUUGCCUACGAGAAGGGCUUGAAAGUGCACAUGUUUAAGAUACACAAUACUUUGCUCAAGGAUGAUAUGAUUAUUAAACAAUAUGAAUGUGAAAUUUGCUCCAUUGUCUAUCGUACAGAUGUCGAGUUGCAACAUCAUUUGGCCAAUGUACAUAAUAAACAAGGAGGCUCUUCCAAUAUAAAUGAAGACGAUGAUGCCUACAAUGCCGAUGAGUCUAUGGCUGCUGGUUUGGUGGAUAAUAGUUCGGUGGGAGCUGAUUUAUCGGGCAUUUCAACGCCGGUUAGUAAUGUGGGUUUGGGUGAUACCCAAGCGGGUCCUUUGUAUUGGUAUCAAUGUAAAUAUUGUCCCUCCAACUUUAAUACCAAUAAAAAAUUGGCCAUACAUAUCAAUUCUCAUGAUGAAUUUGAUUCCAAUGAUUAUUCUUGCAAAGAUUGUGGUAAUGUCUACAGUGGACGUAAAAGUUUAUGGGUUCAUCGCUAUAAGAAACAUCCUCAAAUACCCGAACCCUCAGAGUGUGUGAUGUGCAAGAAGGUAUUCUUUGAUGCUCAAAUGUUGGAACAUCACAUACCCUCCUGCAAUCGCAAACCUAUUACCCAGGCAGCCAGUGAAACUGCUACUGCUGUGUAUAAACACAAAACCGGAGACGAUGAAGAUGAUGAAGACGAUGAGCAAUCCCGUGAUGGUGACAAUACCCUUUCCAACGCCAUUAAUGCUACUGUGGGCAGUGCUAGUAAUUUGAAAAUAAAAUUACCAGAAGUUGCUUGCACUAUUUGUGGAGCCCGUUUCACGGACCAGGAUCUCUUUGCCAAACACAUUCAAAUGCAUGAAAUGGAAUUGUAUACUGAUAACCCCUUGGCGGCCAUGUUCGAUACUGGCCCCGCCGAUCCUAAUCAAUUCUAUAUGGAUCGUAUUAACGAUAAUGGCGAGUAUGCAUGCGAUUUGUGUGCAAAGACAUUUACACAAAUGACAGCACUUAAAGUGCAUAGGAAAUGGCAUUUCAGAGGUGAUAGCAAACAGAACGAAGCCGAUCAACAUAUGUCGAGCAACAGCAAUGUUCAACAACAACAGCAACAACUCAACCGAAACCAACAACUACAACAGCAAACACAACAUCAACAUCAGUCCAACAAAUCCAAGAUGGCGAUCAACCCUCAACAUCUACUGGGAUUACAAGCGGUGGGUCUAAUGCCACGUCAAUUUGCCAAUAUGGGCGGCGCCAAUCAUCGACCCCAGAAACGUAAACGUGAACUUAAGUGUCAAUAUUGUCCUUCAACCUUCAUCAGUAAUAACAAUUUGCGGCGUCAUCUCUAUGAAUUGCAUAAAAAUGAAAUGGGUCAUUUGCCGGAGCCACCAAGAAUUGAAUGUGAUCCUGCUAAUACGUGUGGUAGAUGUAAUAUUAAAUUUGAAACAAAAGCAGAAUGGAUUGAACAUAAAGUUGCAGAAGCUAGGGUCAUGAGACCCUAUGGACCAUUCCAGUGGGGUUGUGAUUUAUGUGGAGCAUAUGUUUCACGCAAGGAGAAAUUAAUAAAUCAUUUGCAUAAUCAUAUGAAAGAAGCAGUAAUAGUGCCCGUGGAACAUCCAGAGUCCAAUAAACAACAGCAGCAGCAACAGCCUCAGCAAGUUACAGCUCAAACAGCAGUACAAACUCAAAGCCAAAAUCCAACACAACAGAAAGUGGAGGGAGGCAGUGAUGUUAUGCCGGAAUUUAAAAAGAUUAAAAUACCUUCCUUGCCACGUAAACCCGAAGCCGAUGAAGAAGAAUCUAGGGAUAGUGUUAAAGAUCAAUAUGAUGAAGACGAUGAGGAUGAUGAAGAUGAAGAGGGAGAACAGGAGCAAGAGCAUGAAGCUGAUGUGGACAAUAAUAAUGAAGUUGAAAAGCAACAGUCACAGCAACAGCAGCAGCAACAACGACGACCUGCCGUAGAAGAAUUCGAUGAGGACGAGGAAGAAGAGGAAGAGGAACCUGUAGAAGGUGAAGAAUUUGAUGAUUUGGCCGUGGGAGCCCAGCAGACGGUAGGUGGUGAUGAAGAUGUUGAAGAGGAUGAUGAGGACGAUGACGACGAUGAAGAUGAUGACGAUGAUGACAGUAGUGAUGCUGAUGAUGAGGAUCCCUCUACCAACGAAGACACCAAUGAGGCCUCUAGUCUUAAGGGGGGAGUUAACAAACCACCUGAACUACCACAACCACGCAGUUAUAAUGACACCGAAGUCGAGGGUGAGGAAGAUGAUUCCGAUGAAUUCGAUGAUGAUGAAGAUGAUAACUCCUCAACUGAAAAUCGCAAACCACCCACCUCAUCAGUAGUCAAUAGUAAUGUGGUGGUAAAAUCACGUUAUUCCUGCGAUUUAUGUCAAGUGUAUUUCGAUUCACAGCAAGAACUGCAAAAGCAUGUUAAAAUGCAUUUUCUUAAUGGACCCGGUUCGGUAACACUAACCGAAAUCAAAUCCUCCAAAUCAUCAUCGAACAAAAGUCGCAGCAGUAGUAGUGAUGUUUUGGCCGUGUAGUCAUCAUAGAGAAUUUAUUUAUGUAUAAUUUAGAAUUCAAAGAAAAUGAAUAAAUGAUUUUUGUUACCAACAACCUAUCUUCUUAAAAACAUGUGCCAGUAGUUUAAAAAUACACUUCUAUUGCUUUCCCUUUAAUUAAUGAAAUCCAAAUGGAUAAAUGUACAAUAAUUCUUUUUAACAAAUUGCUACUGAAAAUAAGUAUUUUAACAUUUUUUCUUAUGAUUUUUGUUAUUCAUAUUAUUUUUAUUAUAUUCAACUAAAAUUAUAUCACUUUGAAUUGUUAUUCUCUCUUUUAAUUUCUUUUAACUUUUUUUCAAUUAUGUUUUCUUUUUUAUUAUAUUAUGUUUAUAUUUAUUCUUAACUUUUCGUUUGCUUAUAACUUAAUAAAUCUUCUAUAAAUAUAUACAUUAUAGUGUUAGAGUAUUAAUAAAACUAAUAAUUAAUGAAUAAUUUAAUUAAAUGCUUUGUAUGUAUCAAUUUUAAAUCGUUACUAUACUCUAAGCUACUUUCGGGUAUAUUAAGCUUUUGAAGGUUUAGCAACAAAAGCAUUCGUAAUACUUAUUAUACAAAAUACAAUAACAUUCAAAAUUUUGAA